UAUGAAGUGUCAAAUUAGUUUUCAAUUUCAAUAAUCUUUUGUUGGGUAUUUUUAAAUUGUGGUUAGUGUAGUGCAAAAUAUUCUGUUUAUAUACAAACCAUUCGUUAAGCCGUUGUUGUGAUGGAUAUGCAAGUUGCGGCAGCAGGAUAUAUUUAUAUAUACCUGGCUACCAAAAAAAUCCGAAGGUCCCGGAAAAAUCGACGGUGGUGGGAGACCAGGUUAUGUAAUGGAAGAGCAAACCAAAACCCCUUGCUAAAUGACCUGAAGUUCCAGGAAAUAAGUGGACAAUAUAAAAACUUUACUAGGAUGUCCCCCCAAGACUUUGAGCACCUGUUGAACUUGAUUGGGGGGAAAAUCACUAAAAGAGACACCCAUAUGAGGGAAUCUAUAUCAGCUCAAGACAGGUUGGCAGUAACCUUACGGUUUUUAGCAACUGGAGACAACUUCAACAGCCUACAGUACCUAUUUAGAAUUUCACGCCAAGCCAUUGGACAAAUAAUACCAGAAGUUUGCCAAGCUCUCUGUGAUGUUCUCCAAAACAUUAAGAUACCAGCACAACCUGAGGAAUGGGAAAAGAUUGCAAAAGACUACCACAAUAAGUGGAACUUUCCGCACUGCAUCGGAGCCGUGGACGGCAAGCAUGUUGUGAUUGAAAGUCCAACUGGUAGUGCAAGUGUCUUCUACAACUUUAAAGGAUUUUUUAGUGUUGUUUUGUUUGCGUUGGUCGACGCAGACUAUAACUACAUGUUUGUGGAUGUUGGGGCCCAAGGGAGCGCUGGGGACGUCGCAGUAUUUGAAAACUCGGCUCUUGGGAAGAAGUUGGCUGAAGGAUCGCUAGAUCUUCCAGAACCGAGACCGCUUCCCGGAAUGGAGUCUAAUGACAUCCCUUAUUUCAUUGUGGGGGACGAAGCAUUUGCUUUGUCUGACUUCCUUAUGCGAAUGUAUGCUGGACACUUUCCUAAGGGAAGCAGACAGAGGCUGUUCAACUACCGCCUAUGCAGAGCUCGCCGGGUUGUGGAAAACGUUUUUGGGAUUACGGCCUCUGUGUUCAGAAUACUAAGGAAACCCAUGGCUUUGCAACCAGAGAAAGUGAGCUUGAUAGUGCUCACUAUAACAAAGCUGCACAAUUUCCUGCGACAGCGCAAACACUCAGCUGAAAGGUACACUCCCUAUGGCACUUUUGAUGAGGAAAUUGACGGGGAAGUAGUACCGGGGUCAUGGCGCAACGACUCUUCGAUGUCAUCAAUGUUGCCCCUCAAAAGAGUAGCGCGCCGUCCUCCUCUCUCUGCUGCUGAGGUCAGAGACAAGCUGUCGCUGUACUUUGCAACUGUUCAAGGAAGAGUACCGUGGCAGAACAAGAAGGCCUAAGCACAAGAAGGGAU